GCGCUGCCAUGUUGAGCCGCCUCCGCCUCCUCCUCCUCCUCCGCCGCCGCCGCCGCCGCAGCACCACCAUCCGCCGCCGCCGCUUGUGCUUUGUUGUCGGCUCCAUGUAGCUGGGGGCCCGGGGGAGGGAGGAGGGGAGGGGGGCGGGCGGGGAAGGCAGGCAGGCAAAAAAAAACCCGCAGCCGAAGGAGGGGAAGGCAGGCAGGCGGGCGCGGAGGAGGAGCCGCCGGAGCAGGCCAGGCCGCUGGGCCUGCGGAGAGGGGAGGGGGAGCCCGGCGCCUGGAGCGGAAUAAAAAUUUAGGCGUCUUUUUCCUGAGGGGGGAGGAAAAAAAAACCGGAGCGGCGCCUGGGAUCUCCCCCCCCCUUCCCCCCCUGCAGCGCCAACGCCGCCAUCUCCCAGCCAUGGAGGCCAAUUGGACCGCGUUCCUCUUUCAGGCGCAUGAAGCUUCACAUCACCAACAGCAGGCAGCACAGAACAGCCUGCUGCCUCUCCUGAGCUCUGCUGUUGAGCCCCCUGAUCAGAAGCCGAUUUUACCCUUGCCGAUAACGCAGAAACCUCAGCCUGCACCAGAAACGCUAAAAGAUGCCAUUGUGGGAAUUAAAAAGGAGAAACCGAAGACAUCUUUUGUGUGUACAUACUGCAGCAAGGCCUUCAGGGACAGUUAUCACUUGAGGCGCCAUGAAUCCUGCCACACAGGGAUAAAGUUAGUGUCACGGCCAAAGAAGGCUCCUGCCACGAUGGUACCACUUAUCUCAACCAUUGCGGGUGACAACAGCCGGACGUCGUUGGUUUCAACCAUUGCAGGCAUCUUGUCAACAGUCACUACGUCUUCCUCUGCUGCCAACCCAAGCAGUAGUGCUGGUGCCACUGCUAUGCCAGUGACACAGACAGUGAAGAAACCCAGCAAGCCUGUCAAAAAGAAUCAUGCCUGUGAGAUGUGUGGAAAGGCCUUCCGUGAUGUCUACCACCUCAACAGGCAUAAGCUCUCCCACUCAGAUGAGAAGCCUUUUGAGUGUCCAAUUUGCAAUCAGCGUUUCAAAAGGAAGGACCGCAUGACCUAUCACGUGAGGUCUCAUGAGGGUGGCAUCACCAAACCCUACACCUGUGGUGUGUGUGGAAAAGGCUUUUCGAGGUACCAUGUAGAAAAUCCCAGGCCUGAUCAUUUGAGCUGUCAUGUCAAACACGUUCAUUCCACAGAGAGGCCCUUCAAAUGCCAAACAUGCACAGCUGCCUUUGCCACCAAAGACAGACUGCGGACACACAUGGUGCGCCAUGAAGGAAAGGUGUCGUGUAAUAUCUGUGGUAAACUUCUGAGUGCAGCAUAUAUUACCAGCCACUUAAAGACUCAUGGGCAGAGCCAAAGUAUCAACUGUAAUACCUGUAAACAAGGCAUCAAUAAAAAGUUUGGGUUUUUCAAACAAGAAAAUCUACACCUCCCUGCUUCGUGCAUGAAUGAAGAGAGCAACAACCAGAAGCAGCAGCAGCAGCAACAGCAGCAGCCGCCACCGCCGCCGCCACAGCAGCAUGUUACAAAUUGGCCUGGAAAGCAGGUAGAGACCCUGAGAUUAUGGGAAGAAGCUGUCAAAGCAAGGAAGAAAGAAAGUCAACAGACUCUGAGACCAACUUCAGUCAAGCAAGAAUGUCAGUACACCUUUGAGAAGGCUAUAGAGUACGUACCAUUCGAAGCUGCUAACUUAUGCCAAACGUCCACUGCUGCCACAACGCCUGUGACUCUUUCUACUCCUUUCAAUAUUACCUCCUCAGUGGCAUCUGGGACUAUCACCAACCCAGUCACAGUGGCUGCUGCAAUGAACAUGAGAAGCCCAGUCAAUGUAUCGAGUGCGGUUAACAUCUCCAGCCCAAUGAGCUUAGGCCACCCUGUAACAAUAACCAGUCCGUUGUCUAUGACCUCUCCGUUAACGCUUACCACACCUGUCAAUUUACCGACUCCAGUAACUGCUCCGGUAAACAUAGCACAUCCGGUUACUAUAACUUCACCCAUGAACCUCCCAACACCAAUGACGCUAGCUGGUCCAUUAAAUAUAGCUAUGAGACCAGUGGAGAGCAUGCCUUUCCUCCCGCAGGCAUUGCCAACCUCUCCACCUUGGUAAAAAAAACACACACACACAAACCCUCACAGCAGUAUUAAAGAAGAAUGAAAAGCAUGUCCUUACCAGCAAUUUUUUUUGUUUCUUUUUUUUAGUUAAUGAUGAAACAGACUUAAUUCAGCUGGGGCAAAAAAGUGCACCAGUUUAAAAAGACUUAUUGUAGCAUCUUUUGUUUUGUUGGUCAUUACUCUAACACUGGGCCACUUCAUUUCCUUCCAGCUAUCAGUUGGAGAUGAAAUAAGAGCAGGUGAGAGUUGAACCUGAUGCAUAAGGUGCGGGGAGACACAUCCGGUUCAUGUUAGUAUAGAGAAAUGUUUUAAUCUGAACACUAGAAAGCUCAGAAUAAAGCCCUCUGUAAACACACAGGGUGGGAAAUGGUUCACUUAAAUUUGCCAGCUCUGUAUGCCUCCAAUUCUAAAAGUAGCAUUGUAGUGUUUUUUUAAAGUAAAUGCAUUACAUGGUCCUAUUUUUAAAGCAUUUUGAAUAAUUAUGCAUUUUACCUUUGGGAAUAUGAUGACUUCAGGCCGAAUUCCCUAUGGGAAGAGUGAUACCAGCUCUGAUAUGCAAAGCAUACAGUAACUUAACAUUCUAACUUCACCAUACAACGGUAGGGAUUGUGACCUGAUGUUUGGAGAUGUAAAUAUUACUCACCAUAUUACCCUAAGGGAGUAUAACAGCAUAGUCAACAUAUUAAGAGAAAAAAAUUAUGUUUGGCAAGGAACAGCCAUGAGUGAUGGAAGAGGAGUUGAAAUCCACGUGAACGCGGUCUCUGGUCAGAACCCACAUGGGACUCUUUUUGAAGAGCCGACAGCAGGCUUUGAAACAAAUGGGGAGAAAUUGCUUUAUGCUGGAAGACUUUGGAGGCACCAGGGGUAUGACGUGUGUAUGCCCUGAUUCUCUCAAUCAGAACCUGCUGACGUGACGGGGAGCAGGUGUUGUUCACUAGAAGUUUUUUGUCUUAUAUUAUAAAAAUCGUAUACAGUUUUUAUUCUAACCACUAAUUAGUUAGGAUGCCCCUUCAGGACAAGCCAAGAGAGUGCAUCUUAUUGUUUGUGUUUCUUUUUUUAAAAAAACCCUCCCUCUUAAUCAAGUGUUGUGCAGAUCUCCAACAUUGUAAAUAUUUGCAAGAAACCACAUCAUUUUUACGUUUGUUUUUAUUGUGUUAACACAUAGUUACCGGGGGUGGGGGUGGGGUCCCAGUGACUAUUUGACCUAUCCAGUGCAGGGGAAAUUCCCCUCCUUACUCCUGUGAAUGGUCAGACUUAAAAAAACUACACAUAACUCUUACUUCUUUCAACUUUUUAUCUGUACAUAAAGUAGAAUGGGAAAUCUAGGGCAAGUUACUUUUUAGGCUAUCAUGUCAGUCACUUCUUUUUUUAAAAGUUUUUUUUUUAAAAAACAUACCCUAUAACUAAGAUUGAGUUAAAAACUAAUUGAAAGUAGAACGUGAGACGGCUUGAUCAGAAUAAGGGUCUUGACAGUGCAGUGGUGGUCAGUAUUUUGAUUCUGGCAGGAUGCUGGCAAACCUGAGAGGGUCAAAGUCCACUGUUUGUGUUUAUACCCGUUGUGUCAAUGUAAAAGCACCACAGUCUAUACUUUUUGAGGCUGACGUCUGGAAUUGGGAGACUGCUGCCCAGAUCAUUAUGUGAAAACGGUUCUAGGGGCUCGGACUACAUAGUAAAACGGGGGGGAGGAAUAAUAGAACUUAGUGUAAAAUAAUUUUAUAAAUGAUCUUUUUGUACCUUAGGACAUCAAAUUGUACAACUUUUGUAUAUAUAAAAGCUUAGGAGCUUUCUGUGUAGCAGAAAGAGAACACAUUCCUACACUUUUAAUGUAUAUGUUUGUUAUAAUGUCAUGUAAACAUAUGCCCCAUGUUUGUGCCUUUUAAUUAGUUUGUCUGAAUAAACAGAAACGUAGA